AUGCCUACCCUAUGGACAGUUCCCAUGCAAGGAAAAGGCAAACCGAUCCGGGCUGCAGCCGUUAUUGGAGGAGUUCCCUUCAAGCUCCCGGAUGCUUACACGCACUUUGAAGACAAUCUGAAGCCUCCAUUCUUGGGCAAAUUCCCUCACGGAAAGAUCCCAGCAUGGGAGGAUGGCGAUUUCUUGCUCUUUGAGUGGUAUGCGAUCGCUCGAUAUGUCGCCUCAAAAGCUCCCAACUCCAACUUGCUCGGCUCGACUCCAGAAGAAGCUGCACAAGUUGACCAAUGGAUCCAUCUUGCAGAGAGCGAAGUCGACAUCUACACCGUUCUCACCAACCACGUUUGCAACGGCAAAAUCGCCGGCUACUCCAAACCUGCCCACACCUACUUUCUCGAGAAACAGCUCCGCGCUCUCAAGACUCUCGAUGUGCACCUUGCCAAGCACACCUUCUUCGUAGGCGAGCGCAUCACUCUCGCUGACCUCGGCGUCGCUGCCUUCAUCCAAUACGGCGUCGGCAUCAGCAUUGACGCCUCUGUUCGUGCUCAGGUCCCCCACCUCAUCCGCCACCUCGAGACCAUCGUCAACCAACCCCAGCUGAAGGAGAUCUACGGCCCCAUCAACUACACCGAAAAGGGUGUGCAGUUCGUCCCACCGAAGAAGGAGAAGGCCCCCGCUCCCCCCAAGGAGAAGAAGGCUGAGGAGAAGAAGCCCAAGAAGAAGGAAGUCGAGGAUGACGAUGGCGAGGAGCCAGACGUCCCUCCCGAGCCCAAGGUCAAGAACCCCCUCGACGACCUCCCCAAGUCGGCAUUCAACCUAGAGGACUGGAAACGGGCGUACUCCAACAAGGACACCCGUGGAGCUGAUGGAUCCCUUGAAUGGUUCUACCAAAACUUCGACGCCGAAGGCUUCUCCAUCUACCGUGUCGACUUCAAGUACAACGAUGAGCUCACCCAGACUUUCAUGUCUUCCAACCAGAUCGGUGGAUUCUUCAACCGUCUAGAGGCCUCGCGGAAAUACCUUUUUGGCUCCGUCGGUGUUCUGGGGCAGACCAACGACAGUGUGAUCAGUGGUGUGCUCAUUCUCCGUGGACAGGAUGCUAUUCCUGUCGUGAAUGUCGCUCCUGAUUUUGAGAGUUACAAGUACGAGAAGAUUGACCUCAAGGACGAGAAGCAGAAGGCGUUCUUUGAGGGUGCUCUCGCUUGGGAUCUGGAGCUCGACGGCAAGAAGUGGGUUGAUGGCAAGAACUUCAAGUAA